AUGGAACCAAUGCAGAAACCUAGGAAGAUGGAAUGGUAUAGAAGGAAAAUUGGAAUGUUGCAGGCCUUUUCUAAUGUGUCGAAUAAAAUAUGGGUGUUUGUAGAUGAGGAUCAUGGUGUAGAUGUAAUGAUUAACAUGGAGCAACAGAUGACUAUGAAGCUGACCAACUUAGAUACUCAAAUAUCCUUCAUUGUUACUUUUGUAUAUGCUAGAUGUGAUGCCAUUGAAAGGAUUGAAUUAUGGGACAGCAUGUACUAUCUUGCAAGGGACAUGACACUACCUUGGUUGGUUGCAGGUGAUUUCAAUGUUAUCUGGGAUGAAGAAGAAAAGUUUGGUGGAUUGCCUAUUUCAAUGAAUGAGGUGAAUGACUUUAGACACUGUGUCAACACAUGUAACCUUUCAGAUUUAGGUUUCAAAGGCAGUAUCUUCACUUGGUGGAAUGGGAGAGCUGAAGAUGAUUGCAUAUUUAAAAGGCUGGACAGAUGUUUGGCUAAUAUUGAGUUUCAACAGAUGCUGCCUACAAUUGAAGUUGAACAUUUAUCAAAAAUAGGAUCUGAUCACAGUCCUAUGUUACUAACCUGCAGUUCUGAUGCUAUACCAAUUAAGAAGACCUUCAGAUUCCUUAAAUUUUUGACCAAACAUCCUUCUUUCAAGGAUGUGGUGAAAGAGAAUUGGGAAGUGGAUUUUUCUGGAGAUCCAUUCAUACUGUUCAACCAUAAAUUGAAGAAAUUGAAGAAAGCUUUAUCAAUUUGGAGUAGAGCUACAUAUGGGGACAUAUUUCAAAAGAUAGCAAGUUUAGAGGAAGUGGUAUUAGUACAUGAAGCAGAAUUUGAGAGAAAUCCCUCUUAUCAAAAUAGGGAAAGGCUACAAAAGGUUCAAGCUGAGCUGAUCAAGUACUUGGCUUUGGAGGAGGAAUUCUGGAAACAAAAGGCAGGAAUGACUUGGUUUCAAGAUGGGGAUAGGAAUACUAAAUUCUUCCAUGCACAACUAAAUGGAAGAAGGAAAAGACUACAACUUAAAAGAAUACAGGAUACUGCUGGAAAUUGGCUAGAAGACAGUGCUUAA